AGGUUGCUACUGUCACACCCUGAUCUGUUUCACCUGUCUUGGUGCUUGUCUCCACCCCCCUCCAGGUGUCACCCAUCUUCCCCAUUAUCUUCCCCAGUCCCUUACGGACUGCCCUGGAUUACUGACCUCCACCUGCCCUUGACAUUUGUCACUUUGAACUUUGUCUGCAUCUUGGUCUUAUCCUGAGGUCUGAUAAUUUAGUUGAUUUGACUAUUGAUUAGAUUUUUGUGUCUGAAUCAAUUUGAGGGUAUGUUUUCCUCCAAAUUAUAGUACAUAAUGAACAGUUAGAUGUAGUGAUAAAAAGUACACACUUCAUUGGGAUAUAAAAUGGUUACCAUAACAAUCAAUGACAAAUAACAAAUAUAACAAUGUGUAAAUAUAGUAGAUGAAGGCAGGGUUUUUGUCUUUGUCAUAAUUCCUUUGUUGUGGAAAAUGUAUUUGGUGAUGUCAUCACCUUGAUUUCCUUCCUCUUGUUUGAUGGAGAGGGUUUUGACAGCGAUUACUCACCUGAGACAUUGCUCAACUUCCCAUGCUUUAAGCGUAUAUAAGACAUCCCCUGGCCACACACCACACAAACAAGAAGCUCUCAAGGAAGAAGCAUCAUGAAGACUUUCAAUCUGUGCUUACUACUAGUCAACCUGGCAAUAGUGGUUUACUCUUUGCCAAUAUUGCCACCUACUGAAGAAGAUGAAGCCCUUGCAGAGACGUACCUGAAGAAGUUCUUUAACCUGACGGAGGAGACGGGUCCAAUGUUCAGACGGGGGCCCAGCCAGCGGAGCAGGAAAGUCAGCGAGAUGCAGAGGUUCUUUGGCCUCAAGGUGACAGGAACCUUGGAUGCUGAGACCGUAAAGAUGAUGAAGAAGCCACGCUGCGGGUUACCUGACGUCCAACUCGGCCGAUUCACCACCUUCAAUAACCUUAAGUGGCCAACAAACCAGCUUACCUACAGAAUUGAGGACUACACUCCUGACAUGUCUGUGGCUGAGGUUGACAACUCCAUAGAGAGAGCACUACAGGUGUGGGCCAAGGUCUCCCCCCUGAGGUUCACCCGUAUCUACCGCGGCACCGCUGACAUCAUGAUCUCCUUCGGCAACAGAAAUCAUGGUGAUUUCUACCCCUUCGAUGGCCCUGAAGGCACCCUGGCCCAUGCCUUCUCCCCCGGCGCUGACAUUGGAGGAGAUGCUCAUUUUGAUGAUGAUGAGUACUUCACCUUCAGCUCAACCAGAGGGUACAACCUGUUCUUGGUGGCUGCCCAUGAGUUUGGCCAUUCCCUGGGUCUCAGCCAUUCCAACGACCCUGGAGCGCUGAUGUUCCCAGUGUACAGCUACACAGAUCCCAGCACCUUCUCUCUGCCUCGUGAUGAUGUCACCGGUAUCCAGUACAUAUACGGCCCAAACCAAGAUGUUAACCCCAACCCAGAUAAGCCCGACCCUACACCUGUUUCCACCCCUGAUGCCUGUGACCCCACCCUGGUCCUGGAUGCUGUCACCACUCUGCGUGGGGAGAAGAUGUUCUUCAAGGGCAGGUUCUUCUGGCGUAUUUACCCUCAGAGCAGCAAACCACAUCAGAACCUCAUCAAGACUUUCUGGCCUGAACUCCCUGACAACAUCAAUGCUGCUUAUGAGAGCCAGCUAUCUGACAGAGUGUUCCUCUUUAAAGACCAUCAGGUCUGGGCUCUCUAUGGCUAUGACAUCGUCCCCGGCUAUCCCAGAAACCUGAAGAGCUUGGGUCUGCCCAGGACCGUGAAGAAAGUUGAUGCCGCCCUGUACGAUGAAUAUUCUCGCAAGACCUUGUUCUUUGUUGGCGACAACUACUACAGUUACGAUGAGGAAAUGAAAAGCAUGGACAGAGGUUUCCCCAAGCGUGUGGAUGAACAGUUCCCAGGCAUGACAAGCAAAGUGACUGCAGCCUUCCAAGUCCGAGGCUUCACCUACCUCUAUAGUGGCCCCUACAUGUUUGAAUACAACAUGAGGACCAGAAGACAGUUCCGCGUGCUAGGAAACAACUACUUCCUGCCUUGUUAGACCAUCGACCAUGAUGAAACGCUUAAGAAGCAGCCGUGAACAAUGAUGAAUUUAGCCAAAUGACAAAGUUGUUUCAAACAUGAAGUUGUUGUAUUUUUGGGAGAUUUUACAGAUUUGUUUUCUCAGAAAUAUUAUUGCUAUAUAUCUAUUUAAAUAUAUAUUUAUGUAUCUAAAUUAUUUUAUAUUUUUCUUGACUAAAUAAUCUGAAAACAUGAAUGUAUUGAAUAUAGUCCGAACAUAUUUGUAUAUGUUGCAUAUUCAAAUAAAUUCCAAGUUUUUGUGA